GUGAGAGGCAAGCGCCCCGCUCGCUGCGGCUGUGAGGGGCGCGGGGGCCCUGUCGCGACAGGACUUCCAGUGAAUGGAGGAAGACACUUUUUACUAGAGGUUCCCCUCAUCUAAAUAUAUCAAGUGUUUGGGUUGCACACAGUGGAACAGGAUCACCAUGUUUCGAAACAGUCUCAAGAUGCUGCUUACGGGAGGGAAGUCAAACCGCAAAAACAGGUCCAGUGAUGGAGGGAACGAGGAGCCACCAGACCGAAGACAGGCAAGUGUAGACUCCCGUCAGAGCCGAUCUGGGCAAGGCACCUCCACAGAGAACGACUGUGCUUUUGAACCAGACUACGCUAUUCCGCCACUCCCAGUGACCGAAGGUAUGCAGCACAUUCGGAUUAUGGAGGGCAUGUCCCGCUCCCUUCCAUCCUCCCCCUUACUCACACAUCAGUCUAUCAGUGUUCGGCUCCAACCUGUGAAGAAGUUAACUGCCCCUUUGAGGAAAGCAAAGUUUGUUGAGAGCCCUCGAAUCCCUGAGUCUGAGCUUGGCUCCCCAACACUUUCUUCAGCACAGAAACUGGACGUUGAUGCAUACUGCCCUGGUGACACUGAGCAGGAGCUGGGACCCCCUCCAUCCGUAGAUGAGGCAGCAAAUACACUCAUGACUCGCCUGGGCUUCCUCCUCGGAGAGAAAGUCACGGAGGUUCAGUCAGGGCCCCAGUACAGCAUGGAGGUGCAGGAUGAGAACCAGAGCUCGGCCGUGACGCAGCGCAUCAGCCCCUGCUCCACGCUGACCAGCAGCACGGCCUCGCCGCCCGCCAGCAGCCCCUGCUCCACGCUCCCACCAGUCAGCACCAGUGUCACCACCAAGGAUUGCACCUACGGCGCCGUCACCAGCCCCACCUCCACGCUGGAGAGCAGGGACAGCGGCAUCAUAGCUACUUUGACAAGCUACUCAGAAAAUGUGGAACGCACUAAAUAUGGAGGGGAAAGCAGUAAAGAACUUGGAUCUGGAGGAAACCUGAAACCUUGGCAGUCCCAGAAAUCCAGCAUGGAUUCGUGCUUAUACCGCGUGGACGAGAACAUGACAGCCUCCACCUACAGCCUCAACAAGAUCCCAGAGAGGAACCUGGAGACGGUCUUGUCCCAGUCAGUGCAGUCAAUUCCUCUUUACCUGAUGCCACGGCCAAAUUCAGUAGCAGCUACCAGCUCAGCUCACUUAGAAGAUCUUGCUUACUUGGAUGAGCAGAGACACACUCCCCUGCGGACCUCCCUGCGGAUGCCACGGCAGAGCAUGGCCGGUGCCCGCACGCAGCAGGACCUGCGAGUGCGCUUUGCACCCUACAGACCUCCCGACAUCUCUCUGAAGCCACUGCUUUUCGAGGUGCCCAGCAUCACCACUGAGUCCGUCUUUGUUGGCCGGGACUGGGUGUUCCAUGAGAUAGAUGCCCAGCUCCAGAGUUCAAACGCCAGCAUCAACCGAGGCGUCGUCAUUGUCGGGAAUAUCGGCUUUGGGAAGACUGCCAUCAUCUCCAGGCUGGUGGCACUCAGCUGCCACGGCACAAGGAUGAGGCAGAUCGCUUCUGAUAGCCCCCAUGCCUCCCCUAAACAUGUGGAUGCAAACCGAGAGCUGCCCUUGACCCAGCCACCGUCUGCCCAUUCAUCCAUCACCAGCGGGAGCUGCCCUGGGACCCCCGAGAUGCGCCGGCGACAGGAGGAAGCCAUGAGGAGACUCGCAUCACAGGUCGUUGCUUAUCACUACUGCCAGGCUGACAAUGCCUACACCUGCCUGGUGCCGGAGUUUGUGCACAACGUGGCUGCCCUGCUCUGCCGCUCGCCCCAGUUCGUCGCCUACAGGGAGCAGCUCCUGCGAGAGCCCCACCUGCAGAGCAUGCUGAGCCUGAGGUCCUGCGUGCAGGACCCCAUGGCCUCCUUCCGCAGGGGAGUCUUGGAGCCCUUGGAGAACCUGCACAAAGAGAGGAAGAUCCCUGAUGAAGAUUUCAUUAUAUUAAUUGAUGGUUUAAAUGAGGCGGAAUUUCACAAGCCAGAUUAUGGAGACACCAUAGUAUCAUUCCUGAGCAAGAUGAUUGGGAAGUUCCCUUCCUGGCUGAAGCUGGUAGUGACAGUCCGGACGAGUCUGCAGGAAAUAAUUAAGCUGUUGCCCUUCCACAGAAUAUUUUUGGAUAGACUGGAAGAGAAUGAAGCUAUAGACCAGGACCUGCAGGCAUACAUCCUUCACCGGAUACACAGCAGCUCGGAGAUCCAGAACAACAUCUCGCUCAACGGCAAAAUGGACAACACUACGUUUGGCAAACUCAGUUCUCACCUCAAGACCUUGAGCCAAGGAUCCUACCUGUACCUAAAACUCACUUUUGAUCUCAUCGAGAAAGGAUACCUAGUACUAAAAAGCUCCAGCUACAAAGUAGUGCCAGUGUCUCUGUCAGAAGUUUACCUAUUGCAGUGCAAUAUGAAGUUCCCAACGCAGUCUUCCUUUGAUCGGGUUAUGCCUCUCUUGAAUGUGGCAGUGGCAUCUCUGCAUCCAUUAACAGAUGAACAUAUUUUUCAGGCCAUUAAUGCAGGUAACAUUGAGGGCACUUUGGAGUGGGAUGACUUUCAGCAGAGGAUGGAGAACCUUUCUAUGUUUCUUAUCAAACGUAGAGAUAUGACGCGAAUGUUUGUUCAUCCCUCUUUCCGCGAAUGGCUUAUUUGGAGAGAAGAAGGUGAAAAGACCAAGUUUCUUUGUGAUCCUAGGAGCGGCCACACAUUACUUGCCUUUUGGUUUUCCCGUCAAGAAGGGAAACUGAAUCGACAGCAAACUAUUGAACUGGGACAUCACAUUCUCAAAGCACAUAUUUUUAAGGGGCUGAGUAAAAAGGUUGGGGUAUCUUCCUCCAUCCUGCAAGGGCUUUGGAUCUCCUACAGUACGGAAGGUCUUUCCAUGGCUUUGGCAUCUCUGAGGAAUCUUUACACCCCAAACAUCAAGGUCAGUCGGUUGCUGAUUUUGGGAGGUGCAAACGUGAAUUACCGCACUGAGGUUCUCAACAACGCCCCUAUUCUCUGUGUCCAAUCUCACCUGGGCUACACUGAGAUGGUGGCUUUGCUCUUGGAGUUUGGGGCUAAUGUAGAUGCUGCUUCGGAAAGUGGCCUCACUCCCCUUGGCUACGCGGCUGCUGCUGGGUUCCUGAGCAUCGUUGUGCUGCUCUGCAAGAAACGGGCUAAGGUGGAUCAUUUGGACAAGAACGGUCAGUGCGCUCUGGUUCAUGCUGCUCUCAGAGGACACUUGGAGGUGGUGAAGUUCUUGAUCCAGUGUGACUGGACCAUGGCUGGGCAGCAGCAGGGAGUGUUUAAGAAGAGCCAUGCCAUCCAGCAGGCACUGAUCGCUGCAGCCAGCAUGGGUUACACCGAGAUUGUCUCCUACCUGCUCGAUCUUCCAGAAAAAGAUGAAGAGGAGGUGGAGCGAGCCCAGAUCAACAGCUUUGACAGCCUGUGGGGAGAGACAGCUCUGACAGCAGCAGCCGGGCGAGGGAAGCUGGAUGUGUGCCGGCUCCUCCUGGAGCAGGGAGCUGCUGUGGCACAGCCCAACCGCCGCGGGGUCGUUCCCCUCUUCAGCGCCGUCAGACAGGGCCACUGGCAGAUUGUAGAUCUCUUGCUCACGCACGGUGCUGAUGUGAACAUGGCAGACAAGCAGGGCCGGACACCACUGAUGAUGGCUGCAUCUGAGGGACAUCUGAGUACAGUGGAGUUCCUGCUUGCACAAGGUGCUUCCAUUUCUCUGAUGGACAAGGAGGGUUUGACAGCCCUCAGCUGGGCUUGUCUGAAGGGACACCUCUCCGUGGUGCGGUCCCUGGUGGAGAAUGGAGCUGCCACUGACCAUGCAGAUAAGAAUGGACGCACUCCCCUGGACCUGGCAGCGUUCUAUGGUGAUGCGGAGGUGGUUCAGUUUCUGGUGGACCAUGGGGCCAUGAUUGAGCACGUUGACUACAGUGGGAUGCGCCCUCUCGACAGGGCAGUGGGAUGCCGCAACACCUCGGUGGUCGUCACUCUCCUGAAGAAAGGAGCAAAGAUAGGUCCAGCAACAUGGGCGAUGGCAACCUCCAAACCUGACAUCAUGAUCAUCCUCUUGAGCAAGCUGAUGGAAGAGGGAGACAUGUUUUAUAAGAAAGGUAAAGUGAAAGAGGCUGCCCAGCGCUACCAGUAUGCCCUGAAGAAAUUCCCAAGGGAAGGGUUUGGAGAAGACCUGAAAACCUUCCGGGAGCUGAAGGUCUCACUCCUGCUCAACCUGUCCCGAUGUCGAAGGAAAAUGAACGAUUUUGGAAUGGCGGAGGAAUUUGCUACUAAAGCACUGGAGUUGAAACCGAAAUCUUACGAAGCUUACUAUGCAAGAGCAAGGGCCAAACGCAGCAGCAGGCAGUUCUCAGCAGCCCUGGAGGACCUGAACGAGGCCAUCAAGCUGUGCCCCAACAACCGGGAGAUCCAGCGGCUGCUGAUGCGGGUGGAGGAGGAGUGCAGGCAAGUCCAGCAGCAGCAGCAGCAGCAGCCGACGCCGCUCCCGGUGGAGCCUGAGCCUGAAGCCCAGCACGAAGAGCUCUAUUCUGUGCAGGACAUCUUUGAGGAGGAGUACCUGGAGCAGGAUGUAGAAAAUGUUUCCAUUGGCUUGCAGACAGAGUCCAGGCCAAACCAAGGGCUGCCCAUCAUCCAGAGCCCACCCCCAUCCCCAGCUCACAGGGACUCAGCCUAUAUUUCUGGCUCACCCCUUGGCUCUCAUCAGGUCUUUGAUUUCAGGUCCAAUAGCUCCGUGGGUUCACCAACCAGGCAAGGGUACCAGUCCACAUCUCCUGCUCUGUCUCCUACACACCAAAACUCACAUUACAGACCCAGUCCUCCACACACGUCCCCUGCUCACCAGGGCUCCUCUUACCGCUUCAGCCCACCGCCUGUUGGAAGCCAAGGGAAGGAAUAUCAAAGCCCACCACCUUCUCCUCUUCGCAGAGGUCCUCAGUAUCGCGCCAGCCCCCCAGCAGAGAGCAUGAGCGUUUACAGGUCACAAUCUGGUUCCCCUGUUCGUUACCAGCAAGAACCCAGUGGGGUCAGCCAGCUCCCUGGUAGACCAAAGUCUCCGUUAUCCAAGAUGACGCAGAGGUCCUUCCAGAUGCCCCAGCUCCCCGUGGCCGUGCCGCAGCAGGGGCUGAGGCUGCAGCCAGCCAAGGCACAGAUUGUGAGGAGCAACCAGCCCAGCUCAGCCGUCCAUUCCAGUACUGUAAUCCCAACCGGUGCUUACAGCCAGGUUGCCCACUCGAUGGCCAGCAAGUACCAGUCAUCAUCAGGGGAAAUGGGGGUUAGCCAGAGCAGGUUGGUCUACCAGGGCUCCAUCGGGGGCAUCGUUGGUGACAGCAGACCAGUGCAGCACGUCCAGGCGAGCCUCAGCGCAGGAGCCAUCUGUCAGCAUGGAGGACUGGCCAAAGAAGACCUUCCACAGAGACCAUCCUCAGCAUACAGGGGGGGGAUGAGAUACAGCCAGACGCCCCAGAUAGGGCGAAGCCAAUCCGCUUCCUACUAUCCAGUGUGUCACUCAAAGCUUGACCUGGAACGUUCUCCCCUCCCUGCCAGCCAGCUGGGCUCUCCGGAUGUGUCUCAUCUCAUAAGAAGACCCAUCACCGUUAACCCCAGUGAAAUCAAGCCUCACCCACCGACUCCAAGGCCCCUGCUCCACUCUCAGAGCGUUGGCCUCCGCUUCUCUCCCUCCAGCAAUAGCAUCUCCUCCACGUCCAACCUGACUCCCAACUUCCGCCCUUCCGCUUCGAUUCAGCAGAUGGAGAUUCCUCUCAAGCCAGCUUACGACAGGUCUUGUGAUGAACUCUCGCCGGUCUCUCCCACUCAGGGGGGUUAUCCCAGUGAGCCAGCCCGUUCCCGGACCACGCCGUUCAUGGGAAUCAUAGAUAAAACCGCUCGGACUCAGCAGUACCCCCAUCUCCAUCAGCAGAGCCGGACCUGGGCUGUGUCAUCAGUGGACACUGUCAUUAGUCCUACGUCUCCUGGCAAUCUCCCCCAGCCGGAAUCAUUUAGCCCGCCUUCUUCAAUCAGCAACAUUGCCUUUUAUAACAAAACCAACAAUGCACAGAAUGGCCAUUUGCUAGAGGAAGACUAUUACAGCCCCCAUGGGAUGCUGGCCAAUGGGUCCCGGGGAGACCUCCUGGAGAGAGUCACCCAAGCCUCCUCGUAUCCCGACGUCAAGGUGGCAAGGACGCUGCCUGUGGCGCAGGCCUACCAGGACAACCUGUACAGGCAGCUCUCCAGGGACUCCAGGCAAGGGCAGACAUCCCCAAUCAAACCAAAGAGACCAUUUGUGGAGUCUAAUGUGUGAAAGACGCUUGUUGGAGUGAGACCCUCAUGUUUUCAGCACACACACUUCCAAGCUUGAUUUCCAUGCAUAUUAUUAUUAUUAUUAUUAUAUUAUUAUUAUGAUUAUGAUUUCUCUUUGGUAGCUACAUGACCAAGUUUCUCCGGUACUUUGUGUGGUGGUCAGACAGCCAUGCACAUGCUCCAGCCCUUUCGUUCCCCAGCUGACCGUGAAGCCAACAGCAGCCGAGCCAGUAUCGUUUGCCCAAUUCCAGCUGAGUUUCCAGCCGGGAUACCUUAGUGCGUGGUGCGGGGUGGCCCCAAAUCUCCCCUCCGCAGCGGGAGGUAACCAAGAGACAAUCGUGUUCAAUUUAAGUUGGUUUCUUUUGUCUUGAUGAGCUCUUACUCAGUUCUGAUGGGCAUUCCUAGCGGGAGCAGAGCAGGGAUCACAGGAGCCUUUCCCAAGGCUGCAUCCUUGGGAAUGUCAGCCAGGUCAUUUGACUCUUAGCCCCUUAAAGAGCAAAUUACCCACAGCGAGCAAGGGCACGAUGUGUUUUAACACCGAGUAGCUAUGCACAAUCACCAUCCUGCUUCAUCUGGUGUAGAGCAUUUCAAUCCGAAUUGGAUUCAGUGGAUUCCUGCACUGUUUAAUCCAGCAGCAGCCAGAAAGGGUGGGAUCACGCUGUGCUCUGCUGCUUUGCAAUCUACCUGCUGGUGCCUCUGCACUGAUUUGCUCUGGGGCAUUUUAAAGGCACUGGUUGAUUAGAGUUAGCCCUUUGUCUGCCUUGUCAUUAGCGAGGGACUUGGCCAGGAGCCUCUUGCAUGUGAGCUGGGAUGGCAACACUUAAGUCGGUGAGCAGACGACUGCACCUCACACACAGCACCGUGUUUCCACUGGGACAGUUUGACGUUGGGGUUUCAUUUGGUGGGUUUUGCAACGAAAAACAAAGAUCCCACUUAGAAAAUGGGAUUUAAGGAGGAAAAUUGCAAUUUUUAAUGAUUUAUGAUGUAUUAUUUUAAUGAUGAGGCUGCAUGAUGUGACACGAUGGUUCCCAAGACAGGAAGGCUCCUUCUGCAAACCCACCCAGGCAGCAUCACCUGAGAGCUGGUGCCGUAGCGAGGGAUGCACUCCAAGAUCCAUUCCCAAACCCUUGGAAAGCAGUUGCCAUGUUCCAUACCUGUACAUGGUAGAGACCACAUACUCCUUUUUAAGGAGCUGGAGUUAAAAGAGAGCUAUUUAUAAUUUAUUUAUAUGAUCUGUUUGUUUAGGUUGGUUUUCCUAUAUCUUUGAGUUCAAUGCAAAUCCCAUUGGAUGGUGGAAAAAGGGGGAGCGGUUCCAAAACCUGUUUUCAUGGGAUUUUCCAUAAUCUGUCAAUUUUUCUCUGACUUUUUUUGAGGGAGGGG